CGUCUGUCUUCUGUGAUGACUUCUAGAAUGUGGGCAUGUCUUAGAUCAUUCACCUCACUGAACCAUCUUCGAAUCUCAGACUCAUCUUUCAGUUUCCCUCCAUCACCUCCUGAGCUACCAUCGGUCACAAAACUAUCAGCCAAAAGAGUGACGUCGCAAAGCUAUGAAGGUCUGAUCUCAUCGCUUCCUGGUGUGGAAGAUAUGGACAUCACUAUGGAUGAUGCAGAGUGCGACAUUGCUCAUAUCACUGAUGGUCUUUGUCGGACAGGAGGGCAGAAACUCAAACACAUACAUCUUCGUCGUCCGUUAUCACAAUCAUCAGUUAUGAAACAGAAGAGUCGUGUAUCGAGUAAGACUAUGAGAGGACUGGGUCUGUUCAUCAAAGAACAUACACUGAACCUGCAGAAACUCCAUCUGCAAUGGGUGAAGUGUACAGACGAGGAUGACUUAGUUUACAUAAUAAUGGACUGCUGUAGACAUGUAAAGGAGUUGGAAUACGUUGAGUUCUUUUACUGUGGGACGACGAAGAAUGGCAGGCUGCAAUCUCACCUCGAACACCUUCACCGUGAAACUUCCGACGGUCUCGAUGUGCAUGUUUACCAUGAAAAUGGUGGAGCCCGUACUUAUUCCAUCCCCCGCACUGAUCAUGUUGAUUGA